CCGCCACCGCCGCGGACGCAGGCCAGGAUGGCGGCCCAGGUGACGUUGGAGGAUGCGCUGUCCAACGUGGACCUCCUAGAGGAGCUGCCUCUGCCAGACCAGCAGCCGUGUAUCGAGCCCCCACCGUCCUCACUGCUCUACCAGCCAAAUUUCAACACUAACUUUGAAGACAGAAAUGCAUUUGUCACGGGCAUUGCGAGAUACAUCGAGCAAGCCACCGUCCACUCGAGCAUGAAUGAGAUGCUGGAGGAAGGCCAGGAGUACGCCGUCAUGCUGUACACCUGGAGAAGCUGCUCCAGGGCCAUCCCCCAGGUGAAAUGUAACGAGCAGCCUAACAGAGUGGAAAUCUAUGAAAAAACCGUGGAGGUCCUCGAGCCAGAGGUCACAAAGCUGAUGAAUUUUAUGUACUUCCAGAGAAACGCCAUUGAGCGUUUCUGCGGGGAGGUGAGACGCUUGUGCCACGCCGAGAGGAGGAAGGACUUCGUGUCGGAGGCCUAUCUGAUCACGCUGGGCAAAUUCAUCAACAUGUUCGCGGUGCUGGACGAGCUGAAGAACAUGAAAUGCAGCGUGAAGAAUGACCACUCAGCCUACAAGAGGGCUGCUCAGUUCUUACGUAAAAUGGCGGAUCCGCAGUCCAUCCAGGAGUCACAGAAUCUGUCCAUGUUCCUGGCAAACCACAACAAGAUCACACAGUCCCUGCAGCAGCAGCUCGAAGUCAUUUCCGGCUAUGAAGAGCUCUUGGCGGACAUCGUGAAUCUGUGCGUGGAUUACUACGAGAACAGGAUGUACCUGACGCCCAGCGAGAAGCACAUGCUGCUGAAGGUUAUGGGGUUUGGUCUGUACUUGAUGGAUGGAAGUAUGAGUAACAUCUACAAACUAGACGCCAAGAAAAGAAUUAACUUGUCCAAAAUUGACAAGUUUUUCAAGCAGCUCCAGGUGGUUCCGCUCUUUGGGGACAUGCAGAUUGAACUGGCAAGAUACAUCAAGACCAGCGCCCACUAUGAGGAAAACAAGUCUCGGUGGACCUGCACCUCCUCCAGCAGCAGUCCGCAGUAUAACAUCUGUGAGCAGAUGGUCCAGAUCCGGGAGGACCACAUGCGCUUCAUCUCGGAGCUGGCACGCUACAGCAACAGCGAGGUAGUUACAGGGUCUGGCCGACAGGAGGCGCAAAAGACUGAUGCGGAGUACCGGAAGCUCUUUGACCUGGCUCUGCAGGGCUUGCAGCUGCUGUCCCAGUGGAGUGCCCACGUCAUGGAAGUGUACUCGUGGAAGCUUGUGCAUCCUACCGACAAGUACUCCAACAAGGACUGCCCCGACAGCGCCGAGGAGUACGAGCGUGCCACGCGCUACAACUACACCAGCGAGGAGAAGUUUGCUCUGGUGGAGGUGAUCGCCAUGAUCAAGGGCCUGCAGGUGCUGAUGGGCAGGAUGGAGAGCGUGUUCAAUCACGCCAUCCGACACACGGUCUACGCGGCACUGCAGGAUUUCUCCCAGGUGACCCUGCGGGAGCCGCUGCGACAAGCCAUCAAGAAGAAAAAGAAUGUUAUCCAGAGUGUCCUGCAGGCCAUCCGGAAGACGGUGUGUGACUGGGAGACGGGACAUGAGCCCUUCAACGACCCAGCUCUGCGGGGCGAGAAGGACCCCAAGAGUGGCUUUGACAUUAAAGUGCCACGACGUGCCGUGGGACCCUCCAGCACUCAGCUUUACAUGGUGAGAACCAUGCUAGAGUCCCUCAUUGCAGACAAAAGUGGUUCCAAGAAAACCUUGAGAAGUAGCCUUGAGGGGCCCACCAUAUUGGACAUAGAAAAAUUUCAUCGCGAGUCAUUCUUCUACACUCACUUGAUAAAUUUCAGCGAAACACUGCAGCAGUGCUGUGACCUUUCGCAGCUGUGGUUCCGAGAGUUCUUCCUGGAGCUGACCAUGGGCAGGAGGAUCCAAUUCCCCAUUGAGAUGUCCAUGCCCUGGAUCCUCACCGACCACAUCCUGGAGACCAAGGAGGCCUCGAUGAUGGAGUACGUCCUCUAUUCCCUGGACCUGUACAACGACAGUGCCCACUACGCGCUCACCAAGUUCAACAAACAGUUUCUCUACGACGAGAUUGAGGCAGAGGUGAAUCUGUGUUUUGACCAAUUUGUUUACAAGCUGGCUGACCAGAUAUUUGCAUAUUAUAAGGUGAUGGCAGGGAGUUUGCUUCUCGAUAAACGGUUGCGAUCAGAAUGCAAGAACCAGGGCGCCACGAUCCACCUCCCGCCCUCUAAUCGCUACGAGACGCUGCUCAAGCAAAGGCACGUGCAGCUCCUUGGCAGAUCCAUAGACCUCAACCGUCUAAUUACGCAGCGAGUCUCCGCGGCCAUGUACAAGUCUCUGGAGUUGGCCAUCGGGCGCUUUGAGAGUGAAGACUUGACAUCCAUUGUGGAGUUAGACGGCCUGCUUGAAAUCAACCGCAUGACCCACAAGCUGCUGAGCCGCUACCUGACGCUAGACAGUUUCGACGCCAUGUUCCGGGAGGCCAAUCACAACGUGUCGGCUCCCUACGGGAGGAUCACCCUCCACGUCUUCUGGGAGCUCAACUAUGACUUCCUGCCCAACUACUGCUACAACGGCUCCACCAACCGGUUUGUUCGGACAGUAUUACCAUUUUCUCAGGAGUUUCAGAGAGACAAACAGCCAAAUGCACAACCCCAGUAUUUGCAUGGGUCCAAGGCUUUGAACCUGGCCUACUCCAGCAUUUACGGCAGCUACAGGAACUUCGUGGGGCCUCCACACUUUCAGGUCAUCUGCCGGCUGCUAGGCUACCAAGGCAUUGCUGUGGUCAUGGAGGAGCUGCUGAAAGUCGUCAAGAGCCUGUUGCAAGGCACGAUCCUGCAGUAUGUGAAGACGUUGAUGGAGGUGAUGCCCAAGAUCUGCCGCCUGCCCCGGCAUGAGUACGGCUCUCCUGGCAUCCUGGAGUUCUUCCACCACCAGCUCAAGGACAUUGUGGAGUAUGCAGAGCUGAAGACUGUGUGCUUUCAGAACCUGCGGGAGGUGGGCAACGCUGUCCUCUUCUGCCUGCUCAUUGAGCAGAGCCUGUCUUUGGAAGAAGUAUGUGACUUGUUACAUGCAGCCCCUUUCCAGAACAUCUUACCACGUGUCCACGUAAAAGAGGGAGAGAGACUUGAUGCAAAGAUGAAGAGGCUGGAAUCCAAGUAUGCCCCUCUGCACCUCGUCCCCCUGAUCGAGAGGCUGGGCACUCCUCAGCAAAUUGCAAUUGCGAGAGAGGGAGACUUGCUGACCAAAGAGCGCCUCUGCUGUGGCCUGUCUAUGUUUGAGGUCAUCCUGACACGGAUUCGAACCUUUCUGGAUGACCCUAUCUGGCGUGGGCCUCUGCCUAGCAACGGAGUCAUGCAUGUGGACGAGUGUGUGGAAUUUCACAGGCUGUGGAGUGCCAUGCAGUUUGUCUACUGUAUUCCUGUGGGGACACAUGAGUUUACGGUUGAGCAGUGUUUUGGUGAUGGGCUCCACUGGGCUGGUUGUAUGAUCAUUGCACUUCUGGGGCAGCAGCGGCGCUUUGCUGUGUUAGACUUCUGCUACCAUCUGCUUAAAGUCCAGAAACAUGAUGGCAAAGACGAGAUCAUCAAAAAUGUGCCUUUGAAGAAGAUGGUGGAAAGAAUUCGCAAGUUCCAGAUUCUUAAUGAGGAGAUCAUCACCAUCUUGGACAAGUACUUGAAGUCGGGCGACGGAGAGAGCACCCCCGUGGAGCACGUGCGCUGCUUCCAGCCGCCCAUUCACCAGUCUCUGGCCAGCAGCUAAGGGCACACGUGGCAAACAGUAACUCUAACUGGCGUGUUUUUCUUUCCAUCAACUAUUUAGUGAGAUAUUUAGGGACUAUUUUCCAGUAUCUCUGUACUUGCUAAAGAGGGUGCUUUUCAAUCUAAAAGCUUAAUUUUAUAAAAUUGACUUAUUUUUCUAGACCAAAAUUGUAUAUGCUUUUGGUAAUUAGGAAGUCUGACCACAGUGGCUGCUCAAUGUUCCCAUCAUAUCUCCAGUUUUUUUACAGAAUGUGCAGCAGCUAGCUACGUCCAAAUGCUACUCAGUCUGUUCAUUUGUUCCUCGAAUAACUUAAUACCAGCUAAUUGUAUUAAACUCCCUUUUAAAAUUUAAUCAAUGAUUAACUUUCGCUUUAUUGAGGGAAUUUUUUUUUCUGGUGGUCUUUUUGGACAAUCUUUUGUAAGUCAUUAUGCCCUUUUCUGUUUUGUGUCAGUAUUUCAGAAAUUAGUGAACUCCAUUCCUUUGCUACCACCAAUUCCAGUUGUGACAAAAUCCAGUAUGAUUUAAAGGUUACAGAAAUAAAAGUAAUGA